AUGAUGGCAAAUUAUUGUCACUUAAAUGGGCAGAAGAAAAUAAAACUGGAUGGGCCAAAUGGAGAAAAGUUUCUUGAAGAAAUUUUGAGUGGAAUCAAACAAAAGGGACCUUGUAAGGGCAGAUCAGGUGGGAAAGGAAAUGCCACUUCCUCAAAGGCACAUAGUGCCUCACAGUCUCCACCUGUAACACUGGAACAAGAGGAUUUAAACUCAACGGCAUACCCUGCCUCCAUUUUACCACCACCAACACCACUUACAGAAACCAGCACAGAGUUAGAUCUAGAACUGCCAAAGGGAACACCACCACAACCCAUACCUCCUCAAGCACUGCACAGAAGACCACCACUGCCACAAUUAACACCACCAACUUCUUGAACCUUAACUCCACAAGUUAUUGACCACACUUAUCCAACCUUGUCACAGUCAACUACCACAUGCACCACUAAAGGAAGGAAAAAGAAAAAAUCCCAACCAUUGCCGACUUUAAUAUCGUGA